GCAGGUUCAACCGUCAUCCCACCGGUGAAUGGAGAUGCAUGAACAAUAGCGGCUGAGAGUUUUAGGCUUUAUUUUUUCUACUUGGCCUCAAUUCAUACAUUUCAUUCGAAAUCUAGCGACUUUUAUUCUUCUAUUUAUUAUCUUGUGUGAGCGCCAUGGCGAUUGCUCACGUAGCAACAGAGUACGUCUUCUCGGACUUUUUGUUGAAGGAUCCCACGGAGGCAAAGUACAAAGGAAUGCGUCUGGAGCUCGCCGUGGAUAAGAUAGUGACGUUCCUGGCCGUGGGACUACCUUUGUUUCUCAUCUCGCUCGCUUUUGCUCAGGAAGUCUCCGUGGGAACACAAAUCAGCUGCUUUGCCCCCACUAACUUCUCCUGGAGACAAGCAGCGUAUGUGGAUUCAUUUUGCUGGGCAGCAGUACAACAACAAGCUGAUGAUUCACCACUAUGGCUUCACAAGUUCUUUCCAUAUAUCCUGCUCUCACUGGCCAUCUUUGUGUAUAUCCCUGCCCUUUUCUGGCGCUUCACCGCAGCCCCCCAUCUCUCCUCGGAUCUCAAUUUCAUCAUGGAGGAGCUUGACCGCUUUUACAAUCGUGCCAUUAAACUGGCAAAGAAUUUGGCAUCCUUGGAUGCUAAAGAUAAGGAUGCUUCACAGGACGCACAGAGCAGUGCUCUGGAGCUGACUGAAAGUUGCUUCAAAUAUCCUUUAGUCGAGCAGUAUCUAAAGACCAAGCGCUUCUCUUACCGCCUCGUGAUCAUGUACUUGGCAUGCCGAGCCUUGACUCUGCUCAUCUUGCUGCUCGCUUGCAUCUACCUCGGAUACUACAUUCGACUGGCUUCCUUUACCGAUGAGUUUCCUUGUGACCUGCGCACAGGGGUGCUGACCAAUGACAGCAGGGUACCCUCAGCUGUCCAGUGUAAGCUUGUGGCAGUGGGGGUCUUCCGAUUGCUCAGCUACAUCAACUUUGGGGUGUAUGUGCUACUCACUCCACUGGUGGCCUACGCCUCUGUCGGACCCGCACGUCAAAGUUCCAACUUCCUCCGACCUUACGAGAUGCUGCCAGGCUUUGGUGGUUUGGGUGGGAUCACACCUUUCUACAAUGACCUUAGCAUCUAUCUGCUGUUCCUGCAGGAGAACCUAAGUGAACUGAAAUCCUUCAAGUGCCUGCAGGUGCUGGAGUUGUUGCAAGAAGCUGGUGAGGAGGGCUUUGAUCCCAUGUGCCUACUGCGAACGUUGAGCCAGGUGAAAACAGAUGUGUUGGAUUGUAAGAAGGCAUAUCCACGAAACAAAGUUAAGGAAGUCACAUCGUAAUUCCACUGAUGUAUGGGACGAUUUUUGGUCUUGUAAUACAGUGAAGAAAACAAGUAUUUGAACACCCCGCUAUAUUGCAUAUUCUCCCACUUGGAAAUCAUGGAGGCGUCUGAAAUUUUCAUCGUAGGUGCAUCUCCACUGUGAGAGAGCUAAUCUCAAAGGAAAAAUCCAGAAAUCACAAUGUAUGAUAAUUUUAACGAUUUGUGUGAUACAGCUGAAAAUAAGUAUUUGAACACCUGAGAAAACCAAUGUUAAUGUUUGUUACAGUAGCCUUUGUAAUUAUAGAGGUCAAACGUUUCCUGUAGUUGUUCACCAGGUUUACACACUGCAGGAGGGAUUUUGGCCCACUUCUCCACACAGAUCUUCUCUAGAUCAGACAGGUUUCUGGGCUGAAGCUGAGAAAAACGGAGUUUCAGCUCCUUCUAAAGAUUUUCUAUUGGGUUUAGUUCUGGAGACUGGGUAGGCCCCGCUAGAACCUUGGUAUGAUUCUUACGGAGCCACUCCUUGGUUUUCCUGGCUGUGUGCUCCGGGUCAUUGUCAUGUUGAAAGACCCAGCCAUGACCUAUCUUCAAUGCUCUGACUGAGGGAAAGAGGUUGUUCCCCAAAAUCUCACAAUACAUGGCUGCGGUCAUCCUGUCCUUCAUACAGUGCAGUUGUCCUGUCCCAUGUGCAGAAAACACCCCCAAAGUAUGAUGCUACCACCCUAUGCUUCACAGUAGGGAUGGUGUUCUUGGAAUGGAACUCAUCAUUCGUCUUCUUCCAAACACGGUUAGUGGAAUUAUGACCAAAAAGUUCCAUUUUGGUCUCAUCUGACCACAAAACUUUCUCCCAUGACUCCUCUGUAUCAUCCAAAUGGUCAUUGGCAAACUUAAGACGGGCCUUGACAUGUGCUGGUUUAAGCAGGGGAACCUUCCGUACCAUGCAUGAUUUCAAACAAUGACGUCUUAGUGUAUUACCAACAGUCACCUUGGAAACAGUGGUCCCAGCUCUUUUCAGGUCAUUGACCAAGUCCUGUCGCUUUGUCCUGGGCUGAUUCUUUACCUUUCUAAGGAACAUUGGGACCACACGAGGUGAUCUAUAGCAUGGGACUCCACUCCGAUUGAGCUUGACCGUCAUGUGUAGCUUCUUCCAUUUCUAAUGAUUGCUCCAACAGUGGAGCUUUUUUCACCAAGAUGCUAGGCAAUUUCUCCAUAGCCCUUUCCAGACGUGUGGAGUUGUACAAUUUUGUCUCUGGUGUCUUUGGACAGCUCUUUGGCCAUGUUACAAGUUUGAGUCUUACUGGUUGUAUGGGGUGGACGGGGUUCUUUAUGCAGCUAAUGACCUAACACAGGUGCAUCUGAUUCAGGAUAAUACAUGGAGUGGAGGUGGACUUUAAAGGUGGACUAACAGGUCUUUUAGGGUCAGAAUUCUAGCUGAUAGAUGAGUGUUCAAAUACUUAUUUGCAGCUGUAUCACGCAAAUAAAUCGUUAAAAAAAUCAUACAUUGUGAUUUCUGAAUUUUUCUUUUGAGAUCAUCUCUCUCACAGUGGACAUCCACCGACGAUGAAAAUUUCAGACCCCUCCAUGAUUUCUAAGUGGGAGAACCUGCAAUAUUGCAGCGUGUUCAAAUACUCAUUUCCUUCAUUGUAAAUAAAAGAGUAUUGUGAGUCCACAUCCAUAAGGUGCGAUAUAUUAGCACAUUGCUACGUAUGCCAAGGUAACUUAUCUGUACACUCCAGUGACAAGUUGUUGAACUCCUCAAGUACAAUAGUGUUCUUUGUGUACAUAUCUGCUGGUGUGGCUGUUAAUAUAGACAUAUACACUGUAGAUUACUUGCAUUUUCUUAUAGCUCUUCCAACCUCAUUGACCAAGUCCUGCGGUGACCAACAACUGACAUGAUCUCGACAGGUGGUAUGGAAUGUCCAUGUGUAUCUCCUGUAAGGCACAUAUAACAGCCUUGAAAUACUUAUUAUCUGAACAGGCUGCAUAUAUUAGGUCAGUUUUCCAAAUUUGUCUUUUUUUAACGUCACUGCACUCUAGUGUUGUUUACGACAAAGACAACUAUUCUAAAGCAUAAAAUCCACCUUGAAGUGUCGGUUAUGUGUUCAGUUUUACUUGUUUGUUCUAGAUUUGGGUAAUGUGAUGAAGUCAGGAUAUUUAAAUUUUUUUAAUAACACUUUCUUUUCUUAGGUAAUACCUUCCUAACAUUUGUGAAUGUCGGCAGUGCUUCUCUAACUGACUACUGUUUGUACUAGUGUGCAUAUUGUAUAUUUAUUUUGUAAUGAAGAUCUUACUGCAAUUUAAAACUUCCCUUUUUAUUAGUGAUGUUCAUUUAUUCUGCACCUGUAAAAUGAGAAAUGAAACCUUAAUAGUUAAUGGGCACAUACCGAUUUGAUGGGAUAUUCUUAAAGCAUGAAAAAUUCAUAGAAAUUCAUAAAAACAUGUGCAUGUUAAAAUAGCCUGAUACAGUAAUGGAAUAAUGGAAAUGCCACUUUAGAAUGGACACUCAUUUAAAAAAUGUAAAACUGUUUUUUGCUGUUAUGGGACUUCAUUACCAAAUAAACAAGGCAUUAUGAUACUGCCUGUUAUGACAUAUUAUUUUAUUACCAUUAUUUUUAAACCUUUUAAUCUAAUCAAAUAUCCGUUAAUAAAAAGUAAGUUUCUUUCGGCUUGUCCCUUUCGGGGUCGCCACAGCGUGUCAUCUCAGAUGAACGCACAUAUGUUUGGCACAAUUUUUUACACCGGAUGCCCUUCCUGACGCAACCCUUCUCAGGGAGUGGAGGCCCCAGUGGGAAU